AUGUUUGGAAAAUACAAUCUGCUGCAAGGAUUGAAAGCAGAUCAAGAACAGCCGGAUAUCAGCAGUUUUGUAAUGUUAAGCUGUUAUCUGUUAUUUUUGUUACGGGGAAAAAAUGUUUACUCUCCUAUUCUUUCUUUAGGGAAUCUAGCUGAGAGCAAAUGUUAUUUGAUAACAGUUACUCCAAUAUAUGCUGAUGGACCAGGAAGCCCCGAGUCUAUAAAAGCAUACCUUAAACAAGCUCCACCUUCCAAAGGACCUACUGUUCGGACAAAAAAAGUGGGGAAAAAUGAAGCUGUCUUAGAGUGGGACCAACUUCCUGUUGAUGUUCAGAAUGGAUUUAUCCGGAAUUAUACUAUAUUUUAUAGAACCAUCAUUGGAAAUGAAACUGCUGUGAAUGUGGAUUCUUCCCACACAGAAUAUACACUGUCUUCUUUGACCAGUGACACUUUGUACAUGGUACGAAUGGCAGCAUAUACAGAUGAAGGGGGAAAGGAUGGCCCAGAAUUCACUUUCACUACACCAAAGUUUGCUCAAGGAGAAAUUGAAGCGAUAGUUGUCCCUGUUUGCUUAGCAUUCCUAUUGACAACCCUUUUGGGAGUAUUGUUCUGCUUUAAUAAGCGAGACCUAAUUAAAAAACAUAUCUGGCCUAAUGUUCCAGAUCCUUCAAAGAGUCUUAUUGCCCAGUGGUCACCUCAUACACCUCCUAGGCAUAAUUUUAAUUCAAAAGAUCAAAUGUAUUCAGAUGGCAAUUUCACUGAUGUAAGUGUUGUGGAAAUAGAAGCAGCCAAUGACAAGAAGCCUUUUCCAGAAGAUCUGAAAUCACUGGACCUGUUCAAGAAGGAAAAAAUUAGUACUGAAGGACACAGCAGUGGUAUUGGAGGGUCUUCGUGCAUGUCCUCCUCUAGGCCAAGCAUUUCCAGCAGCGAUGAAAAUGAGUCUGCACCAAACACUUCGGGCACCGUCCAGUACUCCACGGUGGUGCACAGCGGCUACAGACACCAGGUGCCCUCGGUCCAAGUCUUCUCGAGAUCCGAGUCCACCCAGCCCUUGUUGGAUUCUGAGGAGCGGCCAGAAGAGCUACAGCUGGUAGAGAACACAGAGAGCGGUGUCGGCAGUCCGCCCAGGCAACAGUAUUUCAAACAAAACUGCAGUCAACGUGAAACCAGCCCAGCUAGUUCACAUUUUGAAGUUUUGUCAGUCAAUGAAGAAGAGUUUGUGAGACUGAAGCAGCAGAUUUCAGAUAUUUCACAGCCCUGUGGAUCUGGGCAAAUGAAAAUGUUUCAAGAAGUUUCUGUAGCAGAUGCUUUUGGCCCACGUACUGAGGGACAGGUAGAGAGAUUUGAAACAGUUGGGAUGGAAGCUGCAGUUGAUGAAGGAAUGCCUAAAAGUUACCUACCGCAGACUGUCAGACGAGGUGGCUAUAUGCCUCAGUGAAGACUAGUUCCUGUUACAACUUCAGCAGUACCUGCAAACUAAAGCUAAUUUUAUCUGUUAUUUCAGAUAAAAAUAAUCUUCACUCACUGAAGAUGAUCAUUUGCCCUUGCGGACAACAAUAAACUGUCCUCCCACAUGGGCUGUUUCCCUUCCAGAAUAUCUGGGAUUCUACUUUCAAGCACUACAUAAACUGACUUCAUCCUCUGAAUAGCUGAAUGAUUUUUGUGCUGUUUCAGGAUGUUUGCACUGAAGAAAAAGUAAAACUUUGUUUUGGUAGCUAGAAAACAGAGGGUAUUUAAAUAAUAAGCAGUGAUAUACUUAGUACAGCUGUACUGAUUUUAAUGAGAAUAAGGCACCAAAUAAAGUGGCUGAGAUAGAGUUAAGACAAUUAGAUGAGUGAGAUCUAGACUCUCUACUUCAGCUGACAGCAUAGAGAGAGCUGCAGGUGGCAUAAUUACAUGAACCCAGUUUUUGUUGUCUGACCAAAACCAACCAAAAAAAAUAGCGGGCUUAAUUAUAGUAUCGCCCACAGGAAGUAGUAGACAUUCUCUUCCAUUGGUAAUGAUGCUGCCAGUCACUAGACGAAUGGAAUUCGAGUGUGAAUUUUGCAAAUUACAAAAAAUCUUGGAAUAUUAUAUAAUAAGUAAUCUAAAAUUUUCAAAAUUUGCUUUCUGUCGUUAUUCACAAAUUCAGCAGAGUGCCCAGUUAAGAGCUAGGAAUGAAUGCCAAACUGUGUUAGCCAUCUUAAUAAUUUAAGUCUUUAUAAAUGGCGAAUAAUUUUUAACAUUUUUCUAUAUAUAUAUAUAAACAUUGACCCUUUGUUAAAAAUGCUGGAGAAUUUGGUUGAUGAAGCACUUUAUACAAUGUUAAAUUAAAACACAUUUUAAGGUGAAGAUACAUGUUUUGUUUUUAUUUUUAAGUAGGCCAAGAUUCAAAGGUUUGUUUUUGGGUUUUUUUUCCUAGUGUUUGAAGCAAACGAAGAGCACAUGGGCACUACUUACCAAAAUAAAGCACCAUCCAAAAAUGUACAUGUUGAUGUUAGUAAAUGUCACAGCGCAUACCCUGUUAUAAAGGCACUUAAUGAAGGGAUAGUAUUUUAAUAUCUGCCAGUUCUGAGGUAGGUGGAACUUACUUAGUUCCACACUGUGAUUUAGAGAGAUUUUAAACCUCUCCCUGCAAGUUCUGUUCUUCCCAGAGAGAAGUGAGCCAGGCUCCAGAGUUUAGCACUUAACCCCACUUUUGCAUUUUUGCCAUACCCUACCCACCACAUUUGACAAGGAGGCUAGGCUAAAGACAGGAACAAGAUGUAUGAAGAGAUUUUCAUAAAUCAUUAGUGGUUGACCAGUGCUAGGAGGUACAUUUGCAGAACGUAUGUUUUGGUUUUCUGUCAUAUUUAAAUCACCAAAACCAGGCCAACUUCAAAUAUUUUUGUAGAGGUUAUUCAAGAAUAAAAGGCUAAGAAAAGUUGCUAUCCAUUGACAGUUGAAAUCUAAUUCUACUCACUACUCUCUCAGAAUAUUGUUCAUAUUAGACCUUCUGUUUAUUAGACUUUAUAUUCCUGCCUGCUGUGUUUCGGAGCACUUUCACACACGUGGUCCUUGUGAGACGGGGUGGAGGCAGAAUGACAGGAUGAGAAGUACAUGAGGAAGACUGGACACACAGAAGCCAAAUAGGGACAGAGGGACCCCAAAGUCACACUACAGGAUAAUGGCACCACCACCAUUUAGGUUUGUCAAAGCCUGAUCCAAACUAGGAUUACAUUUAUCUUGCUAAGAAUCUGUCAAGAAAUAUGUAUCAGCUUUAUUUUUGAUUUCCUCUAAGUAAGUAGUCAUGUUAUUUGUAAAAAUGGUCAGCUCUGCCCUUCCUCAUGCUAAACAGCAGUGUUAUGAAGAAUUCUAGUGUGACAUUUGUCCUUGGGGGCAUGGGAGCAGUUAUAAAAUGUAAACUCACAAUCUAAGGGAAUGAGAAUGAAGUCAUUGAAGAACACUGUAUAAGCAAAUCUUCUGAAACUUGUAUAGAACAUGGUGCCCUGAGUGCCCCCCCCCCUUCCCAGGUGCAAGAGCACUUUAGACAUACUAAAUGGAUAGUUGCUGAACCAAUAAUCCAUUCAGAAAUAGCCCUAGAUUUGAUUACUAAUAUGUGAUAGACCUCUUUGCCCAACGAGAGAAGCAUUCAUGAAACUUGUUUUAAAGUACAAAAUUAACUUUCCUAAGCCAUGUCUUAGGAUAAUUUGUGGGGUUUUCUUCAGGUUUUUAAGAUAAUUUGUUUUGAGGCAUGUAAAUUGUAUUUUACAUAGAGAAACAAAUCUUGUUUGUAUGAAAAUUAGUCUAUAAGUUAGUAGAUGUGAUCCUCACUAAAUCUUGAGUAUCCAGAAAUUUCCUUUAAUGCUGACAGAGCCUCUCUAUGGACAAAACUAAUGCACUGCUUCUGAUGCACUUGGCCUCACAGAGGAGUAAAAAAUAAGCAUGUGUGCCACAGGUAUUGCUGUCGUAGUUUGACUGUUCCUGGUGUGUUUGGUACCCUACCCUCAUCCCUUAUAAAGGCAACUAUGGGAAAACUCGCAAACUUAAAACCCAUUAAAAUCUAAAAAAAAAAAUUUUAAACUUGGAUCAGUCAGCACUCAGGAACAUACCCAACAUGUAAAUAGAAGCAGGGGAAAAACCAGAACCAUUCACACGUUCUGUGUUCGUAUCAGUUCUCUACCUAGAUGUUCAUUUAAUUUCAACCUUACACAUGAAGUUAUCUAAUCUUCCUAGCUUACUGUGAAGUUCAUUUCUACUUCAUGAACCUUGUACUUGUAAAACAUUUAUGAAAGCUCAUCCUUUAAGUAGAACAUACUAGUUUUGUAAUCAAAAAAAAAUUUUUAAUGUCUUUUUUUCUAUCCACAGGGUUAACUAUUUAAAAUCAUGACAAAUAAUGUAGAAGUAGGAUAGUCGUAUCAGACAAUUCUCUAAAAUUUGUUAAUUGGCAUGUAUUGACCAAGUAUAAAUCAAAUAGGAGAGCUCUUCCUCUGUUAUAUUCUACAUCAUUUUCCUAUGUUUGGUUUUAAGAAGAAAUUUUUAAACCAAAGUAACUUAACGUUACUUUGUUGAAAUGGGUAAUAUGUCAAUGUAAUAAGCUAUAUAACAUUUUUUAAAUUCAAUUGCUAAAAGUUACUGGGAUACCUUUCUGUUGCAGGUCAUGUUCAAUUCUAUUGCCUAAGUAAGAUUGCUUUUAAAAAUUCAUUGCACUUUUCUAUAUAUUGAGAAUAUGGAGCCAUCAAAUGGCAAGCUGUUUAUGUUUAACGUAAAAUUGGUGAUUGUUGGGGCGCCUGGCUGGCUCAGUUGGAAGGGCGUGUGACCCUUGCUCUCAGGGUCAUCGGCUCAAGCCCCACCUUGGGUGUAGAUAUUACUAAAAAAAAUAAAUUUUAAAAAAUAAAAAUACAUUUGGUCAUUCUCAUGGAUUUCAAAGAUGGUAUAAACUAGCAACUUACAGCCUAAUUCUUUUAAAUGGUCUUUUGACAGCAGUUCCUUUUCAGAAUACUUAUAAACAAUUCAGAUGUAAGUCAAAACAAACUUUCCAGAGCUAAAUGUACUAUCCUUUUGAUUAAUCUUUUUUUUUUUUUUUUGUCGUAUGGGCUACUAGUAUGCAUUAGCAUGAUAUUCUAGUAUACAUUGCAUUCAAAAGAAAAAGGCAACUUGGUGUGUGCUCUACUGUUUUUCGUUUUUUCCUAAAUUUUUAAGAGCUUUUUGCAGUCAGCAGCUCCUUCAAGUGGAUUAUUUAACUUCAUUACCCAGUGCUUUACCGUUGAUUAUGAUGAAAAUGCAUUGAAGACCAGUGGAGAUAGCUAGAUGUUCUAGAUCUUUUAUCCCUUAAAGAUAAGCUUUGUCUGAAUGGUAACUACACGUUUCAAAUGCUGUAACAGGAAUACCAAAAUGUGAUGUCAAAUAAAGGGAUAUUUUAAAAGCAGAUAUUUGAAAAUUCUUUAGUCUCAAUACAUGUUACUGAAUAUACUCUAAAUAAAAGUGUGCAAUUUGCUAGUACUACAGUACAGUGAUUAGCAUUAGGUGUGUAGUGUGUAUCCUGUUUAUAUCCUAGCUAUGUACCUUUUACUUGUAAGUGCAAUCCUUUGAAGUUCGCUUGCUAUUUUACGCCCCCAGUCUACUUCAUAUAGAAGGCUUGUCUAGAGAGACUAUUGUAUUUUUACCUCUGUAGUGAAUUGCAUGUGCUAAUUGUUAACAUAGCUAUCGGUCUUAAGUUAACAUAACUCUAAACAUUAUUGUAAACGUUCUUAUGUAUCAGCUCUAAUCUUUCAAGUAAAUUUAAGAAAUAAAUUCUUGUUUAAAUUUU